AUGGCGGACGACAGGUCUCAAUGGUGGUCCAGCUUUCGCAAUCAGCACAGCGCCAGGGGCUUCAUGCUGCAGGCGGCCAAGGUGGUGACCAGCGAGGCCCUGGGCCUAUCGCGGCUGCUGAAGCAUCGGGAGCAGGGCGUAGCUCCUCGGUGCAGCUUUAGCGUGACCAGCAUCGACACGGCGGUGGUGGAUGGGAUUCUUUUGCGUGGCAGCCUGCUACUUCCUGAAGGCGUGGAAGGCCCUUUUCCCGCGGUGCUGCUGCGGACGCCCUACGGCCGCAAGGCUGAGAUGGGCCAAAGUGUCCUGGCGAAGCAGGGCUAUGCGGUGCUGGUGCAAGAUACCCGCGGACGUUUCUCCAGCAGCGGCGAAUUUGUGCCGGUGCAACAUGAACAAGUGGACGGCGAAGCCACGGUGGCCUGGAUGAGACGUCAGCGUUGGUGCAACGGCAAGGUGGGCGUGACAGGUGUGAGCUACUUGGGCUUCACUGCUUGGGCGUGUGUGGAUGGUGCUGAUGUGGAUGCGAUUGUGCCCAUGAUCACGCAGAGCAACAUCCGCAGCGCCGUCUUCCGGCCGGGGGGCGCCAUCAGCUUUGAGCUGUUGGUGCUCUGGUUCUACCUUGUUCUUCACCUCAUGAAGGACAUGAGCCGCGACAGGUUGUCCUUCGUGCGGAAGUUGUGGCAGGGCAUGCGCGAGGGAAAACUGCGAAAGGCCUUUAAGUCGCUUCCAAUGGGUAAAGUGGAUGAAAUCAUUUUGGGGUCUCCCAAUAGCUUCUUACAGGCAGGCCUGGUGGCCCAUGGCGACGAGUCCGAUGGCUUCUGGGAGGGGAAGGAAAAGCUCUGCAACUUUGAGAAAGCUAUUCCUCCGUGCCACAUCCUGUCAGGUUGGUACGACUUUUUCCUGGAGGGUGCUCUGGAAGAUUUCCAAAUGGCCAAGCAGAGGGGCAGCCAUGUGAGCUUAACGGUGGGACCGACCCACCACUGGAGCCUCCUCGGUUUCCGUCAUGUAUUUGAGAAGACCAUGCUCAGCUGCUUCGACGAACAUCUCAAGGGUGAUCUGCGAUGGCAUGGGGAGAGCCUGCAUGGGCACAGGUCUCCGAAUCUCAGCGCCUCAGCAGCGUCCUCCGAGAAUGGCAUGCGGGUGCAUUUGUACGUCAUGGGCUUGGGCUGGCGGCACUACCCGUCGUAUCCGCCACCCAGCCGGUCCAGCGUCUGGUGCCUCACCCCCGACUUCAGCCUUUCCAGCGCGGGAAGCGAAGAGGCCCUGGCCCUGGGGCAUAGUUAUCACUACCACCCGGCACGGCCCACGCCUGCGGCCGGUGGGCCGUCCUUUAAUCCGUUGAACACCGGAGCGAAGGACCAAGCGAAGAUCGAGGCCCGCGGCGACGUACUGGUCUACAGCAGCGCGCCGCUGACGAAAGCUUUGCAGAUUGUUGGCCCGGUGCAUCUUCAGCUGGAGGCCACCUGGCAAACUGAGACAGCGGACUUCGUGGGGCGCUUGUGUCACGUGGGUCGAGACGGCCGUUCCACGAAUCUCUGCGAAGGACUCACGAACGUCAAGGUCUGUCCCACGGGCGGCGCGGGGCCAGCGACCGUGGACGUGGCGAUGGGGCACACAGCGGUCCUGUUUCGCGCCGGCGAACGCUUGCGCUUGCAGAUGCUCGGCGAAUCGGAGAUGACGAGGAUCUGCAGUGCGGCGCAUCCCCGGUGGUUCCGCAACCUGGGUGUCGACGAGAAGCUCCACCUGGCGGCCACGAUGAAAGCUGGAGAUGUGAAGCUGACCUCUGGUCGAUUGCUCUUGCCAGAAGAUCCCCACUGUCAAGCUGCGCAGAUCGGAGUGGCCCAUGCGGAAGGACAUUCCCCGAGCCGCGCCUCGCGACGCGAAUCAGCCGUGACAGGUUUAGCACCGUGGGGUGGUCUGCGACCGCCGCGCUCGCAGCAGGUGAUGCUGGAGCAGUUGACCAACUGCCCCGAGGAGGAACUGUUGGAGCGUCUGCGGCACCUGAAAGUGCAGACCUGGGAACGAAUGGCUGCUGCAACCUGGCAGCCGUUGCUGAGCCGCUGCGAGAACAUCUUGGGUCAAGCACCUUGGCGAUGGCCCAUUGAAGUGUGGCAGAAGAGGUUUGAUGCGUCAUUCACUUCUCGUGGAGGAGUGUUGCCGUCCACCCCCGCACCUUGCACUCUGGACGCGGAGGAGAACGAGACGACCCUUCGUAUGCGCAAAGAAGGUUGGGGAGCCACUAAAGCCUUGCAGCCGAUGAGGAAGAUCUUUGGGCCUGGCCUGCCACCAGCUGGUUCUCAAUCUGCGCAGGAUAUGCUCCGCAAGGCUUUGGAUCGACAAGGAAGCGGAUGUGUCGCGGCUAUGCAGCUUCAAGGACGACAAGAUCGACCGGCCUUUGAAGAGAAGAACGUCCAUGUGUAUGCGGCUGACUUCCCCGCGUUUGUCAUGAGCACUGAAGCCGGGUUUCAAUGUGGAGACGGCGCCUAUGACAUGAAGGGCUUGGCGAAGGAGUAUGCGAUCCUCAAUUUGCGCUCAUUGGUCUUUGUGCACUUCUUUUCCGGCUUUCGCAGGCGCGGUGACCUUCACCAACACCUUGAACAUCAGAUGAUUGCGCCGGGUUUGGAGCUCCACAUCAUCUCUGUGGACCUCUGUUUGCAGAAGGAACAGGGCAAUUUGCUGGCCCCAGAUGCCCAUGCAUUCUGGCAGCGCCAAAUUGCUAGCGGCCAGGUGAUAGGUGCUGGAGGCGGACCUCCGUGCGAAACGUUCAGUGCUGCGCGUUUUCAAGAUCAAGGUCCCCGGGUGCUCCGAGUUGCAGAAUACCCACACGGACUUCCGGCAUUGACUCAUCGUGAAUGGCGCCAGGUGCUUGUUGGGACGCGACUCCUGCAUUUUUUGUUGGAUCAGCUCCUUCUCCUUGCGCAAUGUGGAGGCUGUGGAUUUUGUGAACAUCCACAAUUCCCUACGUGGCUUCGUUCUGCUCAACCAGCCAGCAUUUGGGCACAUGCUGCGAUUCGAGCACUGCGACUUCUACGCUGCUGCGGAAUUACCUCCUUUGACCAAUGCGUGUUUGGCGCGCCAGCUCUCAAGCCGACUACGAUCCUUCAUUUGAGGCUGCCGCGUUUUCGUAGUGCAGUUUUUGCGAAAGGCCGAAUGGGCCGGUGUCACCAUGGCGCUGGUGCGCACUCCCGCCUAAAAGGCCUGGAAGCCGACGGUAUGACAUUCCGUACGGCUCGCUGCAAAAUUUACCCACCUGGCCUGAAUCAAACUCUUGCUGAAGCAAUCCUGGCUCACACCACCCAGGUGUAUGCGGACACCAGCAUUCCAGCAGAGUUGCCAGGUGAUCUUUUGCCAUUUUGUCACUCAGAUUUUGUCGAAACUUGUGAAGUACAGCCUGAUUAUCACAGUUUCCAUGCACAGGUGUGA